UCGGCCGGCUCGCCCCUCCUACUCUUCGCCUCGUCCCGAAUCUAAACGCUUCACCCCAACCCUCUCUCAAUUCUCUUGUCGGAGAAGAAAAAGCGCACGGAGUUUGGGCGGCGGCGGCGGCGGGGGAGGUGGAGGAGGAGGGGAAGGUUAUCUUCCGGAGUCUGGGCGGCGCCGAGACCGGGAUCUGACGGUGAGCCGGCGGCUGGCGGCCAUGGUGGGCUGGGAACAGAAAUCCUAGGAAAGAUCUCUUCUUUUUCGUCAUCUCUUUGUGGGUGGACUAGGGGGAUCUAGAUUUUCCGGUGGACGAAGGAAGAGGAGGAGAGCCGCCGUCGAGGAGGAAUGUACGUGGUCCCGCCUCCUCGGGGCUCGGAUCCGGCCGCCGUGGCCGCUGAGGACGGCGAAGCGCCGAGAGUUUACGAGGUCUGGAAGGGCAGCAACGAUAUAACUCUUCUGCUUCUCACAUCUGGUAGAGAUCCGGGUAUAAUACCUCGUAAUGCACAUCCUCCAGAGCCUGAAGGCUUUGAUGGUAAUACAGAACUUGGGGAUGGUCAAACUCCACAAUUACGUUUACCUCGAACAAAAGAUGUUGUUGUCAAUGGGAUAACUGUGAAGAUCAAAUACUGUGAUACAUGCAUGCUCUAUCGACCUCCUCGCUGUUCUCACUGCUCAAUCUGCAAUAACUGUGUGGAACGUUUCGACCAUCACUGCCCAUGGGUUGGGCAAUGCAUAGGGCUUCGAAACUACCGUUUCUUUUAUAUGUUUGUCUUCUCAACAACUCUACUCUGCAUCUAUGUUUUCGGGUUCUGCUGGAUAUAUAUAAUUAAAAUCAAGAAUGCUGAGCAAACGUCUAUCUGGAGGGCAAUGAUCAAAACUCCAGCUUCCAUUGUUUUGAUAAUCUACACUUUUGUGUGUGUGUGGUUUGUUGGCGGUCUGUCUGUCUUCCAUCUAUAUCUCAUUAGUACAAACCAGACUACAUAUGAGAACUUCAGAUAUCGUUAUGAUCGACGAGAUAACCCAUACAACAAAGGAGUUGUUGUGAAUUUCAAAGAAAUUUUCUUCACAAGCAUUCCUCCUUCAAAGAACAAAUUCCGGGCAAGAGUGCCAUACGAGCAGGGAUUACAGGCAAGAUCACUGAGUGGAGGAUUUAUUAGUCCAAACAUGGGGAAAUUGGUGGGUGAUCUUGAGAUGGGCAGGAAGCCUGUGACAUGGGAUGAAGCAAGGACUGGUACAGAUGUUAAUGAUUUGCAAGCAGGUUUGAGUGACACCAACAUUUUGGAUGACAAGAAUGGUGCACUUGGUGAUAUUUCCCCUGAUUUAAGCAGGGAGGUCCUCCCAACUGAGAGGUUCGAAGGGCGUGCAGCAUUUCACCCAAGGCGGUCUAGCUGGGGACGUACAAGUGGAAGCUGGGAGAUGUCGCCGGAAGUAUUGGCUCCGGCAGCUGGAGAUGGGGAAUCGAAUGGGGCAAGUAGAGGCAGUAUGAGUGUGCAGGAAAUCGAUGAGGUUUCUGUGCGCAGACAUGAAUUGGAAGGCGGCAAUCUAAUGCAAAUGGAUGUGCAGUUGAGAGGGCAGGCCUGAUGCUUCACAUGUUAGUCUUUGUGGUACUCUGUGAGCAGUUGGGGAAGGAUCGACAUUGUAUUCUGCAUGGAUAUCGUGUGUCGAUAUGAUCCUUUCAUGUUCUUUGUUUCCUUUUUUCUUUCUUGCUUCUUCUUGCUGCUUGUGUAACGGUUUUGAUUUGUCAAGGCAUCGGUUUUCAGGACUGGACUCUUAUAUAGUUGGGUGGGAUGUGAUUGUACAUAUAUACAUACUACUGGAGUGGUGAUUCGAGGCAAAAAAAAAACUUGUAUUGUUUUGUCUGGGUUUCAUUUUGUUGAGUAUCCUGAUCUCUUUUAAGUUGUGACAUCAUUGCAAGUCACCUGUUUCAAGUCGAAUAAAAAUAAAAAGAGUGAUUGCACGGUAA